CUUCCGUCUCUGUCUCUAGCAUCUCUGCCACGUCAUAUAGGAGUGAUAUCAGAAGGAGGAAGAAAAAAUAUUCUGUUUCGAUCAAUGAUGUAAACUAGUGAUACACUCGAAAAAGGAGAUCGAUCAAGUAUUCAUUCAUCUCAUUCCGAUAUUUAUUCAUCUGUACGUGCCCUUACAUUGAUGUCACCAGCCUGUGGGAUGCUGCUGGAUGAGACGCCACUAUUCGAGCCAGCUCUGCUCCAGGAGCUGGACUGGAGUAGCAAGACAGUGUCCUUCUCUCCCCCAAUCUCCCCCUCCCAGCCUGGGGAAGGUCUGGUCCUCAGGCCUCUCUGCACAGCCGACUUCAACAGGGGAUUCUACAAGGUGUUAUCCCAACUCACAACUGCAGGGGAUGUUACGCCAGAGCAGUUUAUUAAGAAAUUUGAGCACAUGAAAAAGACUGGGGACUACUAUGUCAUCGUGGUGGAGGACACAAACCUGGGACAGAUUGUUGCCACGGCCACAUUGAUCACAGAGCACAAGUUCAUUCAUUCCUGUGCAAAGAGAGGAAGGGUGGAGGAGGUGGUUGUCAGUGACGUGUGCCGGGGAAAACAGCUGGGGAAACUGUUAGUGUCGACCCUCACUCUCCUCAGCAAAAAAUUAGAUUGCUACAAAAUAACAUUGGAAUGUGCACCCAAGAACGUGGCCUUCUACACAAAGUUUAGCUACUCGGCAUCAGACGAGACUUACAUGCAGUGUCGAUUCUUUGAUUGAGCGUCGUUCUCCCUCCCUGGGAUUUGACUUGAAGAAAUUGGUUCCAGGACAUUGUCAUAUUGGUUCAACAUCCCAGGAUCCCCCAACGUUCAAGUCGUCUCCCCACCGUCAGAGCUACCUCACCUGGGGGAGAUUUGGCAUUGUGUCCCUGGCUUCUUAACAAAGGAAUGUCAAGCCAGUCUGGAAUUUGGGACAUGCAAUAAAGUGCUCUCUGCGCUUUAUAGGAAACACAUUGAAUAAUUUCUUUUUCUGUUUUACAAAUGUGAGGGUUUAGUUAAUAUUUACAUGUGUUAAUUGCAAUUUAAGAUUUGCAGACUGGUCCACAUGAGAUAUGCGAAGGCAAGUGAAAAGUCCCACAUUGACCAUUUGGUAACGGUUUGAUAUAAUUUUUGUUGGAUUGAUGUAGGGCAGAAAACUUGGGACAUUGAUUAUGCUAAGGUACUGCAUAUUUAUUUUGGGAAAUUUGACAAUCACCCACUGAAAUUGUAUUUUCUGUUCAUUGGCAAAGACUUUGAUCGCUGUGCCCUUUAGACUAACUGUGCUUGCAACCUAUUGGGCAGCACAGAAUUGCUUUCACUAGUGAUCAUGGGUUAUUUCAGACCUCAGGAAGUUCAAGUUGUACAUAAGUAAAAUCAUGUAUAGGUUUGAGGGAAUUCUGUUCUAGAAAAUACAUAGCUACAUUUGGUAUGAAGAUAUGGGUAAAUGAAUUGUAGUGAAAGCUUAUUUAUUCAACCUUAGAUUUUUUCAGUUUCGGCAACCGGGGACAUUUUUACUCAAAUGCUAAUAAAUUAUUUUUACACUGGUU